CUUAUGUAAGAAGAAAACACGCCGACUCCGUUCAUUUCAACUAUCGCGAUCCAUCAGUGCUUCAGCACUGCUCACCAUCGUCUUUCCAACUCGUUGAUUCCCAUAACCCCCUUCGAUACAUGGGGUCGCGUUAUAACCCCAACUCGCAAUAUGGACCUCAACCUGGACAUGCAUUUCCACCCAGACAAGAUAUGUCUCUUAUAGGGAGCGAAAUGAGGAUUUAUAUGACAGAAAUGAUAAACUUCCAGAAUGAAAUACGCAGGCUCAAGUUCGAAAUCGACGGACUCAAAGCCUGGAAAGAACGAGAAAUGGCCGGGAUACCCACCGAAUGGCUACCUCCAUCACUUCAACCCGCACUUCUACCUCCACCCCCAUCAGCGCCAGAACCAGAUCAGAUGACUGCAGUUGAUGAAAUAGCUAGACCAGCUUGGAGGACAGUGCAAAAGAAGCCAGCGAAGAAGUCUAACAAGCAAAUGCAGCAGCAGAGGACGAUUAGUCGUGGUCCUGCUUCACCACCGCCACCAGCAGCUACACCACCACCGAGAGCAUUUGACAUCUCUUCGUGGGCGCAGUGGAAACCUAACCCAGUGUACUCGCCUGCUCCGUUGAGAGCUACAUCUGUAUUACCGUUACCUGGAGGAGGGGCAGCUGGAGUGGGAGGACCAAGAGCUGGGUUGUUUGGCCCACCAUCGCCUGGUCCCGGAUAGGAGAACGACGACGUAUUUUCCAUCUCAUAUUUCACUUUCUCAUCUAUCACCAAUCUACCAUCCAUCUACGCAAUCGCUCGCACUUCUAUCGUUCUGUACAUCUACACCGCACUUCCCAUGCCAUCUAGAGCUUCUCAUCAUCAGAUUCAAUCUCUGUAUAGUAUCACCGUAUCAACAUUUUUCAUCUAUCUUGUUCUGUUUUUCGCCUCGUGUUGUUUCAAUCAAUCGUUCACAUUUGUAUUUAUGUUUAUCAUCGCAUCGUUACAUACAUAUCCAUAUCUCAACUUGUCACUUCGUGUUAACUAGGAAGGUCCUUCGUACAG